AAGCGGCGGCAACGCAGACUGGGGAGGAGGAGGAGGAGGAGGAGGCGAAGGAGAGGGGCUGCAGCAGCGUUGCGAGGGCAGGCAGAUCAAGAAGCUAAAACAAUUGUAGUGGCUGGGUUCCAUUUGAUGCUUUGAAAAAAGGGCUGUGCCUGUGAAAUGAGACCAUGACAACUGAUGAGGCUACGAAGAAAGAAGGAGAGGUCCAGACAGCAACGCUUGCUGAACAAGGCGAGGAUAUCACACCAAACAAAGAUCAAGGAGUUCUGAAGAUUGUGAAGAGACCAGGGAAUAAAGAUGAAUCUCCUAUGAUUGGAGACAAGGUUUAUGUCCACUACAAAGGGAAGCUGGCCAAUGGGAAAAAGUUUGAUUCCAGCCGUGACAGGAAUGAACCAUUUAUCUUCAGCCUGGGCAAAGGCCAGGUCAUCAAGGCAUGGGAUAUUGGGAUCGCCACCAUGAAAAAGGGAGAGAUUUGCCACUUGCUGUGUAAACCAGAAUAUGCAUAUGGUUCUGCUGGCAGUGUCCCCAAAAUUCCCUCCAAUGCAACACUGUUCUUUGAGAUUGAGCUGCUUGAUUUCAAAGGAGAAGAUUUAUUUGAGGAUGGAGGCAUCAUCCGUAGAAUUAAAAAGAAAGGUGAAGGAUACUCCAACCCCAAUGAAGGAGCUGCAGUACAAAUCCAUCUGAAAGGAUUCUGUGGAGGUAGAAUGUUUGAUUGCAGAGAUGUAGCAUUUACAGUUGGAGAAGGAGAAGACCAUGACAUUCCCAUUGGAAUUGACAAAGCUCUGGAGAAGAUGCAAAGGGGAGAACACUGCAUCCUGCAUAUUGGAGCACCAUAUGGAUUUGGUGAAGCAGGAAAACGUAAAUUUGGCAUAGAGCCAAAUAUUGAACUUAUAUAUGAAGUUACACUGAAAAGCUUUGAAAAGGCCAAAGAAUCUUGGGAGAUGGACACCAAAGAGAAACUUGAGCAGGCUGCUAUUGUCAAAGAAAAAGGAACUGUGUACUUCAAGGAAGGCAAGUACCCUCAGGCAGUGAUUCAGUAUGGGAAGAUUGUAUCCUGGCUAGAAAUGGAAUAUGGCUUAUCAGAAAGGGAAUCUAAAGCAUCAGAGUCCUUGUUGCUGGCAGCCUUCCUCAACCUUGCCAUGUGCUACUUGAAGUUACGGGACUAUGCUAAAGCUAUUGAGUAUUGCAAUAAGGCAUUGGCACUGGACCAGGCCAACGAAAAGGGCUUAUAUAGAAGAGGUGAAGCACGACUACUCAUGAAUGAAUUUGAAUUGGCAAGAUGUGACUUUCAAAAAGUUCUAGAUGUGAAUCCACAAAACAAGGCAGCAAAGUCGCAGAUCACAGUGUGUCAGAAGAAGACGAAGGAACACAAUGAUCGUGACCGAAAGAUUUAUGCCAACAUGUUCAAGAAAUUUGCAGAGAGAGAUGCAAAGGAAGAGGCCAGUAAAACCACAGGAGAGAAGGAAGACCCAGCAUCUUCUGAAAUUGGGCUAGAGAGGACAGUGACUGAAGGUAAAGAAUCAGAAGGCCAUGUAUGACUGCACAGCAGAAAGACAAUCCUUCUGAACUCAGCCUGCACUCAAACAGGUUUCUGAAGAACUCAGAAUGCAACAGUGUUUAUUGUAAAGCUUGUUACAGUAGGCGUCAUUGUGGAAGCAAAAAGCCUAUCCAGCAGCUUCACAAGAAACUAUCAAAUCAUCAUAACUGCUAUGAGCAUGCUCAGCAGUGGAAUGUGAGUAGAGGGACAGUGUGGGACCACUCCAAGUGGAACAAAUGGUUUAAAACAAACAAACAAACAAACACAAUAGCUCUUGGCUAGAGAAGUUUUGUUUUUUACUGCAAUGGUUCAAUAGAACUCCAGUUUGCAUCAGCUCUUCAGGCAGUGACCAGGGCUCCAUAAAAUGAGUUAGCAUAUAGGAACUGUCUGCUGUAUAAUUUUGGCAUUGCAUUGGGUUGUACUGUAGUAGCACCAUAUGGGUUGUAUGUUAUCUGUCUUUUUAAAAAAAAUCCACAAAGUGCUAUCACCAGAAGGCAUUGCUAGAAUCAAGUGGAAAAUAUUUUUAUGGAACUUGAAAGCCAGACUCCUAGGAUCUUGUUAUCUUGGAUUUCAAGUGGGAUUUUGUAUAACAAACUGGUUUCUUGGGAAGCUCAACAGUCCAUAUCAUAUUUUUAUUCUUAACUGAUGGCUUGCCUCUAAACAGCUCUUACCCUGUAAUGUUUGUGCACUUCAGUAGCAUAUAUGCCAACUGGUGUGCAUGAGUAUUCUCUCCCUACUCUUCCAUUGGCUAAAUAAGAUUAUUACAGCAUUGUUGGUUCUAGUAGUGCUGGCAGCCUGCUUUGUGGGGAUGGUAGACACCAAGACUGAAUUAGGUGCCCUCUUCUUUUCCUCCCACACACUGGAAGGCAAGGAGGAUAGCCACAGAUCUGUCAUGCUAAACUUGGGCAAAUUUAUGUAGUGAUGGACUUGAACAGAGUGCUUAGGCCUUUCUAAAGGGCAUUUGGGAUGCCUUUCCUGAAAUACUGCAGUAUCACUGAUUGGGAUAUAAGAACAUUUAUUUUUAAUAAAUUAUUAGCUCUUCUAACAAUGCAGCUGUGUAUUU